UUUUUUCUUUGCGUUUUCUCUCCUAUACCCUUCACUCACUACCCUUCUUAUCCCCUCUCUCGUUCGCUCCAAAACCUCACAACAACGCAACACGUUCUCUCUCACUAACUCGUUUUCUCUCACUCGCUCCGAUUCCGUAACUCGCUCCUUUCGUUUUUCGCCAUGCCGAAAGUUAAAGCUGAUUCCAAACCCGCUGAUAACCGCUUGAAGCGCAAAGGUGCUGGAGCUGGAAGGAAACAGACGAAGAAAGCAGCGAAGGAUCCUAACAAGCCAAAGAGGCCUCCAAGUGCUUUCUUCGUUUUCAUGUCCGAUUUUAGAGAACAGUAUAAGAAGGAUCAUCCCAACAACAAAUCCGUUGCCGCUGUCGGAAAAGCUUGCGGUGAAGCAUGGAAAUCGAUGUCUGAAGAAGACAAGGCUCCUUAUGCUGCUAGGGCAUUGAAGAAGAAAGAAGAGUAUGAGGUUGCUACACAAGCCUACAACAAGAAACUGGAGGGAAAAGACGAGGAAGAUGGUUCUGACAAGUCAAAAUCUGAAGUCAAUGAUGAGGAUGAAGAUGAGGAGGAUGAGGAUGAUGAUGAAGAUGAUGAGUGAAAUUGUUGUAAGCUUGUAACACCAAAUGAUGAAGUUUAGGGAAAAAUUGUUGGAAAAAAAUAUGUUUUGUUUAGGUUAUGGCUUAUAAUAUGUUGCAAUGUUAUUUUUUAAGAUAAGAUAGUUUCUGAAGUGUUAGAUAGUGAAGAAUCCUCUAAAGUACGGUUCAGUAUCAUUAUCCUCCUGUGUACUUAAAGUCAAUGUUAUGAUACGUUUCAAUUCUGUUCUGUUCGGUA